CGACCUGCGGCCGACGGCCCACGACGACGGUCGGCGGCAGUGGCGACCGACCUCAGCAACGGCCAGCGAGCGACGAUCGGCGGCGAUCGACGGGGAGAGCGAGGAGACGCCGAGGCUCGGAGGCCGCGGCCCGCGACCUUGCGGUGCUGUCGGCCGAGCUCGCGGCCGCCGCGGAGAGCUUCGACGUGGUGCUCGUCGUGGGCCUGCGGCCGCCCCUGGGGGCCCUGCUGGCGGCGCGGCUGGACUGCUUCGUCCACGCCAUCGACGCGGGCGGCUUCGCUCUGAGGCGCCCGUCCUCGCCGCUGCCGCCGCCAGCGCCGCUCGCCACGUUCUGCAGCGGCGGCGCCGAGCUCUGCGAGGCGCUGGCGGAGCCGUGGGGCGGCCACCCGCGGCCGCAGCUGCGCAGGGCCGGGGCAGGGUGGCGCUCACUGAACGGCCGCUGGGAGGCGCACGUCACCUUGGCGGACGACGCCUCCCCCCCGGUCGAUUUCAGCGACGGCUUCGUGGAGGUGCCCUUCCCGGCGGAGUCCUCCCGCAGCGGCUUCGGCCGCCGCGUCUCGGAGCACGAGGCGCUCUGGCUGCGCCGCCAGGUCGAGGCCCAGAUGGGGCGGGCCCCCCGGGCGGAGCCCGCGUCGGGCGGCUGCCGCCAGGGAUCCCGGCAGGCAUGCCGUGGCAGGCCUCGGCCCCGAAGUAGCCGCGUGGGCUGGCCAGCUUGUGGCCUCGUGUGUGCGUGUGCGUGUGUGCGUGUGCGUGCGUGUGCGUGUGCGUGUGCGUGUGUGUGUGUGU